AUGGGCAACUACCGCAUGAUGACGAGCCAGGUGUUCUGCCUCUUCAACGCCUCCGCACAUUAUAGGCCGCCCACGUGGCGCUUUCCUCUGGGCAAAAUUCCCGGCAUGCUCUGCAGCCACGUGCUCUACUGGUCCGUGUCACUCAACGACGCCGCGGAACUCGUGUCCCGAGCCGAAGACUUUGACUACGCCUGCAAAGGACUCGAUAGUGUCGCCGACCUCAAGCGACGCUUCAUGGCUAUGAAGGUACACCUGGUACUCAGCGCUAGCAGUCGCCAAGAAAACGUACGGCUCUCAGAAAUUGCCGGCAACGCCAGACGGCGACGUAAGUUGGUCUCCGAGUUUAGGGCGUGGGCAUUGCGCUAUGACUUCGACGGCGUCUUCGUCGCCUGGAACGCGCCACGCGACGUCAACCGUACGGCGUCACUGUUCCGUGCGCUGGUCGACGGCCUCAAGCCGCGGUUCAACGUGGGUGCAAUUUUGCCCACCUCGCGGGAGGCACUCGCUGCCUACGAUCUCGAAGAAGUGUUCGCAACCUUGGACUGGGUCGUGGCCACAACGCACGGCUUUUAUCCGGGACCCUUCUGGAAUUUGACCUCUUGCUCCAGCCCAUACAAGGCCGGAGACGGCGACUCGAUCCAGCAGCUUCUGCGCUACUACUGGAACAGGCUCAACGACCAGAUCGACCCGAGCAAGUUCUGCUUCACCAUCUCCCCGGCGGCCGUGGGCUACCGGGUACCGCAGGAAGGGCUCUCGCUGGGCAUGCCGGCACGCGGACCCGGCAACAUCCACGGCGAGUCACGUGAUCGCGGAAUGCUGCGAUACACUCAGGUGUGCCGCGACGAAUCGCAGGCGGCCAAGGACCUCUCCGGGCUCUGCCUCUACGCCCGCUACGGAGGGACGUGGGUGGCGUUCGAGAACGCGAAGUCCACCAGCGCCAGAGUGAAGAGUAUCAUGCGCUGGCUUUCCGCGGUCACGCAAGUCGCAAACAAGAGCGCCGCGUACUGCAUGACGGUGUGGGACCUCGACCUCGACGACCACCUGUCCCAGUGUGGGGAGCAACCCUUCCCCAUUAUUGAAGCCGCUAUUCGAGAACUCCCAUGAUACAUGGCUGUGCGAGUGCAUAAUUAAACGUGAAUACUGCUCCGCUUGUAUAAUCAGCGACGCAUUGCAAACCUUUCUCUCGGUCCUAAUUGUGUUUGAUACGUAGAUGGUAUCGGGCUAUUAAUUUUGCAGGCUCGUUAUUUAUCUCCUUU